AUGGCAUCCUCAUCGAACCCAGCUUGCAAAUACCUCGUAUUGGAUGCCGGGCCCCUGCUUUCGCUAUCACCCCUUCGAGGAUUAGCCGAAACAUAUCUGACAGUCCCACACGUCUUGAACGAAUUAAAGGAUAAACGGGCAAGAGAGCAUUUCGAAAGACUAGGCUUGUCCACUGGUGUGCGAGUAGAGAUCAGGUCUCCAGAUGCUGCAUCUUUGGCUCAUGCAGUCAUCCAGUUCGCAAAGAAGACCGGAGAUUAUUCCGUUCUUUCGACUGCCGAUUUGGCUGUCCUUGCUCUAACUUAUGCCCUCGAUAUCCAGGAGAGAAAACGGCAGGAUGAGCAGAUCCUUGCAGACAAGGUAUACACCAUUUUUGAUCUUGACGUAGGAAGUGUCGAUCCCGCCGUGGAAGAGGAUAUGGAGGAAAGAGAACCACUCCAUGUUGAGCUGCAUCCGACCGAUGAGAACAGUGAUGUCGCUGCUUCAUCAGACAAUCUGCUACCUUCCACGAGCGACCACCCCAUUUCAUCACCCUCCACACCCCUCUCUUCUCAACCCAGCUCACCCGCUCCCAUCUUUGAUGACCCCUCGGACGACGACGAUGGCGAAGGGGAGUGGAUCACGCCCUCCAAUGUUACUGUCCACAAAUCUCGCGCUCUGGGCCUUACUCCCCCUGGAUCAGGAAAGGGUAAAGCAAAGGAGAAAAUACUUGUUGGCUGCAUGACAGCCGAUUUCGCUAUGCAAAACGUGCUGCUACAGAUGUCGUUGGAUCUAGUAGGUGUUGAGGGAAAGAAAAUCGAGAAGGUGAAGACUUGGGUCCUACGGUGUCAUGCUUGCUUCAAAAUAUGUAAAGACUCGUCGAAAAAGUUUUGCCCCUCAUGUGGCAAUCCCACUCUCCUUCGAGCAUCUGUCACUAUCUCAUCCCCGAAAGCAUCUUCGGAUGCACCUACCAUGCAAGUUCACCUCAAGAAGAACUUCCAAUAUAAAACUCGUGGAACAAUAUAUUCCAUACCAAAACCAAAACCUGGGUCAGCCAAGACGGGCAACGGAGAGGGAUUGAUCUUGCGUGAGGAUCAGACGGAAUAUAUGAGGGCAAAAAAGCAGGCCGACUCAAAGCGUCUGCGGGACGAAAAGAAGAUAUUGAAUGGGGCAUUGUUGAACGGGGGAAACAGUGACCUCAACGUUGGAAACUGGAUGGACCCUGAUUGGAUACCUGAUAUCAUCAGUGCUGGCGCCAGUGGGAAGGGACGCACACCUAAGGGGCGGAAGGAUGAUAUGCCCGCCAUUGGGUAUGGGCGGAAAAAUCCAAAUGAACGAAAGCAUCACAAGUGA